AUUCGAGUGCGUGCUCUGCCGGCCUACUGCUGCCGUACGCGCAGCAGCAAGCUAGCUGCCGAGAUCUUUCGUCUUUCAUCAUCAUCUCCUUUUGCCUGCCACCAGUUGCUAGCUUUGCCUGCCACUUUGCACGUUGUGGCCGGGUGCCUGUGCCUCCAUCCAUUGGUCGAUCGGCAGCAAAGCUUAGCUAGCGUCUGUCGUCGAUCGAUCGAUCAUGGCGUCUGCUGUGAUUCUGACCCUGAUGCUCUGCGCGGCGGCGUCGUGGGUGGUCGCGGCGGCGGCGGCGCAGAACUACAGCGCCAUCUUCAACUUCGGCGACUCGAUCACGGACACGGGCAACCUGUGCACCAACGGCAGGCCGUCGCAGAUCACCUUCACGCAGCCCCCCUACGGCGAGACCUACUUCGGCACGCCGACGUGCCGCUGCUCCGACGGCCGCGUCGUCGUCGACUUCCUCAGCACUCAGUUCGGGCUGCCGUUCCUGCCGCCGUCCAAGUCGAGCAGCGCCGACUUCAAGCAGGGCGCCAACAUGGCCAUCACGGGCGCAACGGCCAUGGACGCCCCCUUCUUCCGCUCGCUCGGCCUCUCCGACAAGAUCUGGAACAACGGGCCCAUCAGCUUUCAGCUCCAGUGGUUCCAGCAGAUCGCCACCGCCGUCUGCGGACAAAGCUGUAAGAGCUACCUGGCCAACUCCCUGUUCGUGUUCGGCGAGUUCGGCGGCAACGACUACAACGCCAUGAUCUUCGGUGGAUACACCAUCGAGCAGGCCAGGAAAUACACACCCAAGAUCGUCAACACCAUCUCUAGAGGCAUUGAUAAACUGAUCGGACUGGGCGCGACGGACAUCGUCGUCCCGGGUGUCUUGCCCAUCGGGUGCUUCCCGAUCUACCUGACCAUCUACCAGAGCUCCAACAGCAGCGACUACGACGACCUCGGCUGCCUCAAGAGCUUCAACGACCUGUCCACGUACCACAACACCCUGCUGCAGAAGAGGGUGGACAUCAUCCAGAGCAGGCACAGGAAGACGGCGCGCAUCAUGUACGCCGACUUCUACUCCGCCGUCUACGACAUGGUCCGGAACCCACAGACCUACGGGUUCAGCUCGGUGUUCGAGACGUGCUGCGGAUCAGGCGGCGGCAAGUACAACUACCAGAACAGCGCGCGGUGCGGCAUGUCGGGCGCGUCCGCGUGCGCCAACCCGGCGACGCACCUCAGCUGGGACGGCAUCCACCUCACCGAGGCCGCGUACAAGCAGAUCACCGACGGCUGGCUCAAGGGGCCCUACUGCCGCCCGCCCAUCCUGCACAACUAAUUCCACUCAUGGAUAGAUGGAUGCUUUGCAUGGAGGCGGCGCGUUAUUUUUUAUAAAUAAUUUAUUUAUUUGUAUUUAUAUCCAUAUAAUUAGCUUGGUUGGAUUAAUUGGAUUAAUCGCGGCGGGGGUUAAAUAUUAUUGCGUUGGUUGGUCCUUCGUUCGACCAUUUUUGUUUGUUUGGAGGAGGUGUUUAUUAAUUGCGUUGCUCAAAAAAAUAAUUAAUGGCAAUUGUGAUAUAUAUAUAUAUAUGAGAUGACACUAUCGUGUUCA